AUGCGACGCUCUACCCGUCUGACAGCGUCUAAGCAGCCCGUACAGGGCCUCCCAACAGUAAUUCUCCCAACAGAACUCGUCUCUUUAAUUGUCGACCAGUUGAUUGACGACAAACCGGCGCUGAAGGCAUGCUCUCUGGUUAACAAAGCCUGGUCACAGCCCUCUCGGGAGCUUAUAUACAGACAAGUCCUACUUGGGGCACCCAAACCGAACAUCCGAUGCAAACAACUCCGCAAGCUUCUCGAGGCUCAACCGAAUCUCGCAAGGGCAGUCCAAGUCGUCGACAUCGUCCAGGAUGCAAAGAGUGAAAGGAGCAAGUACUCCGAUGGCUGGCUCAAAUCCUCAAAGGACAUCGCCUACAUUCUUCCUCUGCUCACCUCUGUGCACGUAGUCCGGUUGUCAAGCCAUCCUGGGUUCCUGAAUUGGUCCUUCAUCCCUCCAGACGUCAAGACGGCAUUCUACAACCUGUUUUCGCAGCCCCACGUCAAGUCAAUUGUCUUGGUAGACAUGAUGAACAUGGACCUUACACCCUUCAGGCACUACCACCACUUGGAAGCGCUGGAACUGCGCACCGUGGACGUGGCAGACGAGGAAGAGGAAGUUCGGAUCUUACCUCCGAAAAAAAUUGAAAAGGCCACUCUUGUCGGUGGUGGGCAGGUAUCGACGUUGAAGGCGCUUGAUCUGUUCGACUCUCCAAAGGCCGUGCAAGUCCUACUCAAGGGCUCCGAGCUUGAAUCGGAUCCUGAUUCCCGGGGUUCGCAGGCUCAGACCCUCAACCUGCGCCAUAUCCAAAAGCUUACCAUUGGUACAAUGCCAGAUGAGACCGAUGACGAGCGGGCGGUAUGGGCAUCUGUUAUACAAUUCUGCUCUACUCGGGUGGAACAUUAUGUCCUCCAUGUGGACUGGGGUUUCGAUCCAAUUCUUAUGGAUAUGAAGCAUUUCCCUCGCCUCACGAGCUUCACCCUCCAUAUGAACGCCGAGCUGGUAUACCCUCCGGCCUGGAAUAGCGGCCACGGUGCGACAAUCCUCGAAGGUCUUUCCACGCUGUCCCUUCAAACACCACCCCUUCCGCUCUCCCACUUUACUCUCAUCGUCAGCGUCACGGAAGACAUAGAUUGCACGAGUCUGGAAGGCAAUCUCCGCAAAACGUUUCUUUUCAAAAGUCCUCAGUGGCUUGGGAGACUGGGCGGCAUUCUGGGGAACGAGGAGUCCCUCCCGAAGUUGGAAAGCGUGCGCUUAUUGGUCGAGGUGCUGGUCGACUCGGAGGUGCGGGAAGUCGGUCGUUACACCGAUCACGCAGCAUGGCGCAGGUUGGAGGCUACAGUCAAGAAAUCGCUUGCUGGGCUGAAUAAGCGAGGUAUCCUGGAAGUGCGACAAUUCCGCGAGGGCGACGAUCUUUGA